AUGAUGAAGUUCCUCACAUUGGCUGUUGUUCUCGUGCUGGUCGUGACAGGCGGCUCGGCUCUGGAAUGCCUGCACUGUGUCCCAGAGAAAGCAGGAGGGGCCUGCGAGACCACCUUCAUAACCUGCCCACCGGACAAAGACGCGUGUGCCGCUGCCAAGUUCCGCAGAAGCCCAUACGGACAUUACCAGAAGUGCAUGUCCAUGUCAGGCUGUGAGAUGGUGAAACAGAACGCUUUCAUCAACAUCAAGUGCUGUCAGAAGGACUUCUGCAACACCUUUGACUGAUCUGUCGCUGCUAUAUAUCAGCAUGCUCAUAAAACAGCUUUCAAUGUAAUAGAGUACACAUGAAUCUAGUUACAUGUGUUUAUGCAUGUGUUUUGUUGUUGUUGAAUUUAUGAAAAAAAAACAAUAUUUACACAUUCAAUUCUUCUUGUUCUGUGCAAUGUGCAAAAAACUGUUUGUAUCAAGUUGGUCAUUAAUAUUAAAAUAAAGCAUGCUAGAA